GCUCUCAUAUCUAUUCUCACGAUUCUUGAGCACACCCUUCAACGUCCCAUCUCUCUAAGCCAUGUCGCAGAGCUGGCAGGACCUCGUUGCAGACAAGAGACAACGCCAGAAGGUAACCAUCCCGAAGGACUGGCUCAUUGACCCUCCGCCGGACACGGUCCUCGACGUCACUGCGUUUCCUGAGGAGUGCGGCCUUCUGUCAGAGAGGGAGUUACAAAUUACGUGUAAGGUGGAUGUCAACGCUCUGCUGGCGAAACUGGCCACCGGUGAAUGGUCAUCAGUGGAAGUCACCACCGCAUUCUAUAAGAGGGCGAUCAUUGCUCAUCAACUGGUUAACUGUCUGACUGAGGUCUUCGUUGAGCGAGCCUUGGCUCGUGCGGCCGAGUUGGAUGAGUACCUGAAGUCUACAGGCAAAGUUGUCGGACCUCUUCACGGGCUGCCUGUUUCGUUGAAGGACCAGCUUGCCAUAAAGGGUCUCGAAACCACGAUGGGCUAUGCAUCAUGGAUCGGCAAGUACGCCGAAAACGACGCCGUCCUCGUCGAAAUACUUUAUGAAUGUGGUGCGGUCCCGUUCGUGAGGACGAAUGUGCCGCAAACUUUGAUGUGGCCGGAAACGUACAACCUCAUCUUCGGCCGGACGACCAAUCCUGCCAAUCGAUCACUGACAUCCGGCGGCUCGUCUGGAGGCGAAGGCGCUCUAAUCCAUCUGAAGGGCAGUCCGCUCGGCGUAGGGUCAGACCUUGGAGGUUCUAUCCGUAUACCUGCCCUCUUCAACGGCAUUUAUGGACUGCGUCCAUCGUAUGGUCGCGUGCCGUAUGAAGGAGCUGUGAAUUCGAUGUACGGUCAAGACUCGAUUCCUUCCGUCCUGGGCCCGCUCUCGAAUAGCUUGAGUGGCAUCAAGGGAUUCAUGCAGGCGGUCAUAAGCCGACAACCAUGGCUCAAGGAUCCGCUCGCUGUUCGCAAGAAGUGGGACGAGGAGGCAUACGCGCUUGCAGAACAUGGUGGCGGUGAAAAUCUUUGCUUUGCGAUUAUGUGGGAUGAUCGGAUUGUUAUCCCUCAACCGCCUAUCACCAGAGCACUUCAGAUGACCAAGAACGCACUCUUGACAGCCGGGCAUAAUGUGAUUGACUGGCAGCCGCUGAAGCACCUGGAGUUGACAAACGCGAUUAGCGCCGUCUGGAAAGCUGGCUCAGCCGAAGAUUUUAAGAACACCACUGCGGCCACAGGAGAGCCCAUCAUAUCCACGAUGAUCCCCGCAGAGGAUGGUGGCUUGACGGACCACUCUGUUCGGCCCGGUCCUGCGGGUAUUUCUGCGUACCAAAUGUGGCAAAUCCACAAGACAAAGGCGGGACUCCGCAAGGAAUACCUCGAUCACUGGCGAAAGACGCAGGCGGUGACCGGAACCGGAAGGCCUGUUGAUGCAAUCAUUUGUCCCGGUGCCCCAUUUCCGGCCCCUCCUCAUGGAAAGAACUGGAACACUAAUUACACGAAAGUCUGGAAUGCUUUGGACUACGUUGCAUGCGUCUUCCCCGUCACGCGGGUGGACCCUUCCGUGGACACGAAGAAGCCACCUCACGAAUUUUUGAAUGAGCUGGAUGAAAGGAACUAUAACACCUAUGAUCCUGCCAUCUAUCAUAAUGCUCCCGUUUCUUUGCAACUUGUUGGGCACACGCUUGAGGAGGAGGCUGUGAUAGCAAUGACUGAGAUUGUCGACGCUGCCUUGAAAGCAUCCUCUCAGUCUUAAAGGCGAUGUUGGUAGAUGUCGCUUCUACGAUGGAUAUGUGCAGGAGUGAUUCGGAUAAUGAUCAUAAGUUGGCCCUUAUCCAAUAACGUCA